AUGUUUGCCCGUGUUCUCUUAUUCACGGCCCUGCUCGUUGUGCCUCUCGCUUACUUCCUAUCCCACCAGACCUCAACAGAACAUACGCCAUAUGUCCAAGGAAGAAACAAAACCGUGCUCUUCCUCACAAACAGCGAGCAUGGUCUAUCCAAUGUGCAUCUUGCAACUGCAUCAGCAUUACUGGAGAACUAUUCAGAUAUAGAAGUUCAUUUUGCUUCAUUUCCGGCCAUCGAGCAAAAGCUGGAACGGGUUUCCUCGUUCGCCAAGAUUAAAACUCCGCAUGCUAGAACCAUUGUCUUUCACGGUCUCACAGGUCUGACAUUUGUGCAGGCAAUCGCCAAAGAAGGCCGAAGCUUCAUAUCCCCGCCCGGAUGGAGAGGUAUCGCUACUUUGGCCGAGCACAUACAGCUCUGGAUAUCGCCAUGGACUUUUGAAGAUCAUGUACACUUGUAUAAUGAGCUUGUUAUCAUUAUCGAUGAGGUUGACCCGGCUGUUAUUGUGCUCGACAGUUGGUUCCGACCAGCAAUAGAUGCCGCGCGCACAAGAAAUAGGCAACAUGCUUUCAUCACGCCAAAUACUCUUGUAGACCACUUCUUGGGCAUUCAGCCGUUCUUUACUAGGCUCUGGAAAUACCCUGCCCCGUCGUCAGGGUUUCCCUUUCCAGUUCCUUGGCUCAAGCUGCCGGAGAACAUAUACAUGAAUAUUCGAUAUAUCUACGGCGCAACGUUUACGCCAGAUAUGUCAGAAAAGAAAGCUCGACUUAAACAGAUUGGACUGAGAGAACCAAUGAAUUUGUUCGGAAUACAUCGACCGGGUGUUCCGUGGAUUACUCAAAACACGCAAGGCGCCAUGACCCCAGUAGAGGUUCUUCCACCAAACGUCACCUGUGCUGGGCCGAUUAUUCUGUCGGGACCAGCGGCUGAGCAACAGGAUCCUGAAACAGCAACUUGGCUAAAGAAAGCUCCUACAGUGCUCAUUAACCUCGGCAGUAAUCUCGCUUAUGACGAAAGCCGUGCUGAAGUUAUGGCGGUCGCCAUAGCAUCGUUACUAUCAUCUACUGAGAAUCAGGUCUUGUGGAAAUUCAACAAGCUAGGAGACUUCUCUGAUGAUUUCCUGAUGCACUUGAAGCCCUACCUCGACAGCGAGCGACUAAAGAUGCCAAGUUGGCUAGUAGCAGACCCGUCAUCACUUCUCGAUACUGGAAAUAUUGUUACUUCAGUGCAUCAUGGCGGCUCGAACUGCUACCAUGAAGCCCUUGCGGCUGGUGUUACGCAGGUUAUACUUCCGCUGUGGGCCGACCUCUACAACUAUGCUGCUCUAGCGGAGGCAAGAGGCAUUGGGGUUUGGGGUUGCAAGGAAUCAACGCCCAAUUGGACGACGUUCUUCGCAAUCGCGGCCUCUGCACUGCCAGAUCCAAAGGGCCAUGAGUUCCGUGCCGCCGGGCCUUAUGACAGUCGGUCGCCAUGCCCAGGCCUAAAUGCUCUCGCCAACCACGGUUACCUUCCACGCGAUGGCGCAAACAUCAAUUACGACAUGAUCAACCAUGCAGCCCAAGCCGCUUAUAAUUUCGAAGAUGGCUUCUACAUCGAUGCCGUCAACAUGGUGUUUCAGCUCAAUAUUUCUACCUCAAACCGACCCAGCGAAACAUUCCAUCUCCGAGACCUGGCUCAGCAUGACCAGAUCGAGGUCGAUGGCUCUCUCACUCGAAACGACAUCUUCUUUGGUGAUGAUUUGCACUUCGAUGCUACUGUCUUUGAUCCCGUGUCACGCGAUCUUGGGCUGAAUAAUAUCAGCCGUAAAGACAAGUUCGUAACAAUCGAAACUGCGGCCAAAGCAACCAAAACUCGGCUCGACCUCGCCAAACGUGUCAAUCCGGAGUUUAAUGCUUCCGUGCAUCAGCGUCAGACCGAAUACGGCACUACUGCGCUCUAUCUUUUGACUGUGUGGGAUGAACAACAAAAGGCAGCACCAAAGCAUUGGGUCAAAGCAUUGCUUGGCGAGGACAGGAUCGCGUACAGAGAGGGAUAUAACAAAGGCAAAUCGGUCAAGACGAAUAAACAAGUCGGUGCUAUGACUCAAGCUAUUCGAGCGGUGGUUGGGUGGAAGCCUUAA